CAAAGAAUGUUUAGAUGAGUGAGGAUGGGUAAAACAAAGACAUCUCAUCUUGGGAGAAGCAUCAUUGACAGUUUAGACAAAUCAGUGGACUCUUUAUCAUGAUUGGAUCGAUCAUUGUGGCUCUUUUUGUUUGGAGCGUGUUUUGGUGGUUUAAGCAUUAUUCACAUCCGAAGAACUUCCCACCGUCUCCUCGAGUACCAUGGCCUCUUUUAGGGGACAUUUUGCUUUUGGGUGAGAAUAUAGUCUCUGGUUUCCACGCUAUGAAGUGCAAGUACGGCGACAUAUUUGGACUUUUUCUCGGACCUCAAAGGAUUGUUGUGAUUUGCGAUUUCGAGACACUCCAAGAAGUAAUGAAUCGUCCGGAAUUCACUGACAGACCUCUUCUUUUCGAGUCGCAAAGGCCAUUCAGGUUGGAUGAUGGACAAAUCCCAGGCAUUGCCUUCAGUAAUGGAAUGAAUUGGGUGGAACAAAGACGGUUCACAUUGCACUCACUCCGAGAUCACGGGUUUGGCAAGACUCCAAUGGAGGAAAUCAUUGACGGACAAGUCGAGCGGUUGUGUCAAGACCUCGAGAAGGAUAACCAAAUGUAUCAAGAUGUUUCAACCAAAUUCAAUAUCGCCAUCAUCAGUGCUCUUUGGAAGAUCACGACGGGACAGGAGUUGGCUUUUGAUGAUGAGAAAGCUAAAAGUAUUAACGGGUGUCUCAGUAACAUCGACCUAGUAAAUGGGUCUCCAAUUGGAACACUGGCCUUCACAAUGCCAAUUUUGGGCAUAAUUUUGGACAAGUUGAAAUUUUUUGACUUUGAAGGAGCUUUCUCUAAUAUCGCUCGCCUAACAAAACCAAUCGUCAAAGAACAUCGCGACACAUUUCAACCGGAUCACAUUCGAGACUUCAUUGAUAGCUACAUUGAAGCCCAAAAUGAUCCCAGUAAAGGCUUCAGCUUCAGUGGAAACACAGGAGAUAUGAACUUAUUUGGCAUUUUGGAAGACUUCUAUGCCGCUGGAAGUAGUACCAUCAGCUUAACUUUGACAUGGUGCAUGUUGUUUCUAUCAAAUUAUCCCGAGAUGCAAGAGAAAAUCCAACAAGAGGUUGAGAGAGUCACAACUGGAAACCGAUUGAUUGAAUUCAGCGAGCGGUCGCAAACUCCAUUUACGGAGGCUUUUAUUCACGAAACCCAACGAUGUGCCGAUAUCGCUCCAUUGGCAUUGUUCAGGAUUUGCAUGAAAGAUACUCACAUCAAGAGUUACUUCAUCCCCAAAGGAACGAUUCUGAUCUCCAAUCUGAAUGCUGUUAUGCGAAAUUCCAAAGAGUUUCCGGAUCCGUGGAAAUUCAAUCCGAAUCGAUUUAUUGAUGACGACGGGAAAUUCAAACCCAGUUUACAUGUGGUUCCGUUUGGAAUCGGUCGUCGUCGAUGUUUGGGAGAAUCUCUAGCCAAAAUGGAGCUCUA